AAAUAGUCAUUGCUUUUCUUCAUCCUUUGUUUCUCUCUCUAGACUUUCAUCGUCGGCGUCAAACCACCCACCCAACCCAAACCAACCCAUUCAUCAUUUUCAUCUUCACAAAAUCAUACCAUUUCCAUCAUCAUAUCCCAUUUUAUAUAUAUCUAAUCUAUACAUAUACAUACGUGUAUAUAUACUCAUCAUCAUCAUCUCAAUCUCCAUCCCCAAUUGUAAAUUUAAUCACAACCCUAAUUCUAUUCACAAUCUGGUUUUGGUCAGAAGGUCUAAGUUUGAGUGUUAACGAAUGCUGAAAGUGUAAGGAGGGUUUGGUAAAAUGUUGGAGGCACCGAAGUUUACAGGCAUGAUGGGCCUAAACAAUGGCCAUGAUAAUUUUGUUGACCUGUCACAAGGGUUUUAUCAUAAGCUCGGUGAGGGUUCAAACAUGUCAAUCGACAGUUUCAACAGCUUACAGAUGAGCAACGGUGGAGGUUCGGUUGCAAUGUCUCUAGAUAACAGUAGUGUCGGGUCCAACGAAUCUCACACUCGUAUAUUAAAUCACCAAGGUCUCAAACGUAACAAGAAUUAUACUGAUGCUCAGAGUGUUAAUAGAGGACGUGUGUCUCAGGGUUUAAGUGACGAUGCCUUGGCCCGAGCCCUACUGGAUCCUCGUUUUCCCACCGAGGGGCUUGAGAAUUUCGAUGAAUGGACAAUUGAUUUAAGGAAACUCAGCAUGGGACCCGCUUUUGCACAAGGUGCUUUUGGGAAGCUGUAUAAAGGUACUUACAAUGGUGAGGAUGUUGCUAUCAAGCUUCUUGAAAAACCUGAAAAUGACUUAGAUCGGGCUCAGCUUAUGGAGCAACAGUUCCAGCAGGAAGUAAUGAUGCUUGCAAGAUUAAAGCACCCGAACAUAGUAAGGUUUAUUGGUGGGUGCCGGAAACCAAUGGUGUGGUGUAUUGUAACAGAAUAUGCGAAGGGUGGCUCAGUUAGGCAGUUUUUGACUAAGAGACAGAACCGAUCGGUACCUUUGAAGUUAGCGGUGAAGCAGGCUUUGGAUGUUGCUAGGGGAAUGGAAUAUGUACAUGCACUUGGAUUGAUUCAUAGAGAUUUAAAAUCGGACAAUCUUCUAAUUUCAGCUGAUAAGUCAAUCAAGAUUGCUGACUUUGGAGUUGCUCGAAUUGAGGUGCAGACCGAAGGAAUGACACCAGAAACCGGAACUUACCGCUGGAUGGCUCCGGAAAUGAUCCAGCAUAGGCCUUACACACAGAAAGUAGACGUGUACAGCUUCGGUAUAGUGCUCUGGGAGCUCAUCACUGGAAUGCUUCCAUUCCAAAACAUGACAGCUGUGCAGGCGGCGUUUGCUGUUGUUAAUAAAGGAGUCCGCCCGACCAUCCCACAAGACUGCCUUCCAGUACUUGGUGAAAUCAUGGUUCGCUGCUGGGACGGAAAUUCAGAUGUGAGACCACCAUUUACCGAAGUUGUGAGAAUGUUGGAACAUGCGGAGAACGAGAUUAUGACCACAGUCCGGAAGGCUCGGUUCAGAUGCUGCAUAAGUCAACCCAUGACUACUGAUUGAUGAUGUGUGAAGGAUGAAUAUAAGAAAAAGAAAAAGGUAAAGAAAAUCGACAGGUGAAAAAAGGAGGUGAUUUGAUGUCACCUAAAUGUGUAUCUAUUAUCAGGGUAAAAUUUCUUUCUUUCAGAUAGGGUGAACAAAGGAAGAAAAUUAUAAUAUGAACUACUUGUUUUAUGGCUUUUUAUUUUUGUUCUUUUGCUUUUUGCUUUUAUCUUAUGUUGUUGAAUAUUUAUGGAUUGUGUUGCUGAAUUAGUAGUAAUGGAGAAGAUUUGUGUUGUAUUUAUCCACAUAUAUAUAAGAUAUGAUCAUAAUUGCUAUGAUA